CAUGCACCUGGAAAACCGUUAAGCGUGCAGGUGACAAGAUCAGAGAUAAAUCUCGGAUUUUUAGGGUGGGCGGACUGAGACUCACAAGAAAACUAAGGUCAGAAAGAGAGCAAAAAAUAUGAUAUUUAGACGAGUACAGACGCCAUGAGACUCGAUCCCGGAUAAAAAUAAAUUACUGACGACAAGUGUGAACGAAGAGGGCGCCAUUAAACAAUGACUUCGGCGGACCUAUAUGUUCAGACGUUUCUCAAGGAGUCGGAAAUAGGCCAGGUUUAUGUGAAGGGAGCCAGAAUAUGGGUCCCAGACUCAGAGAAGGUGUGGUUAGGGGCGGAGCUACUGGAAAACUAUACAGGACAAAAGAAGAUAAAAAUACAGUUAGAAAAUAAUGGCGAGGAAAGAGAAUUUGAAAUCAAGGAUAAAAAUAGAUUACCACAUCUCAGGAACCCAGAGAUUCUGAUUGGAGAAAAUGAUUUGACAUCACUCAGCUACCUCAACGAACCAGAGGUUCUGUACAAUUUACAAGUUCGAUUUUUGGAGAGUAACUGUAUCUACACAUACUGUGGUAUCGUGUUAGUGGCCAUUAACCCCUACCAACAGCUCCCUAUCUACGGCAAUGAACUCAUACAGAUGUACAGCGGUCAGGACAUGGGGACCAUGGACCCCCAUAUCUUCGCUGUGGCAGAGGAGGCAUUCAAACUCAUGUCCAGAUUCGAUAAGAACCAGUCUAUUAUUGUAUCUGGAGAAUCGGGAGCCGGGAAGACUGUGUCAGCGAAGUACGCCAUGCGAUAUUUCGCGAUGGUCGGAGGUUCUCAGAAAGAAACUCAGGUGGAACAGAAAGUCCUCGCAUCUAACCCAAUCAUGGAGGCUAUAGGUAAUGCUAAAACAACGAGAAAUGACAACAGCAGUAGAUUCGGGAAAUAUAUAGAAAUCUCCUUCAACAAAAACAACGAAAUCAUCGGCGCCCAUAUGAGGACUUACUUAUUAGAAAAAUCUAGGGUGGUGUAUCAAGCUGCAGAUGAGAGGAACUACCACAUUUUUUAUCAACUUUGUGCUUCCAAAGAUCUACCUGAAUUUAAGAAGUAUUGUCUGUUGUCUCCUGAUGAUUUUUACUACACGAGUCAUGGCCAGGCUCCAGAAAUAGAUGGCGUGGACGAUGGUGAAGAUCUGGUUUCUGUAAGAGAGGCAUUCACAAUGCUGGGAAUCUCUGAGAAGGAGCAGAUGAUGAUAUUCCAGAUUCAGUCGGCCGUCCUACAUUUUGGUAAUGUUAAAAUACGGGAGGCUGACGGAGAAUCGUCCGAAAUAAAGAAGGAUGACAAACAUUUAACCAUUAUGUGUAAACUGCUGGGCAUCGAGGAAUCUCAGAUGAGGAUGUGGCUCUGUAACAAAAAAAUUGUCACCGUCGGCGAAGUGUUAACAAAGCCGUUAACGUUAACGCAGGCAUCCUUUGCCCAAGAUGCUUUAGCCAAACACAUCUACGCACAAACAUUUGAUUGGAUCGUGGAGAAGAUAAAUAAAGCCCUACAAAGUGGAGCAAAGUCCACAAAGUUUAUAGGAGUCUUAGAUAUCUACGGAUUUGAAACUUUUGAAAUUAACAGUUUUGAACAGUUUUGUAUCAACUAUGCUAAUGAGAAAUUACAGCAGAUAUUUAAUAUGCACGUAUUUAAACUUGAACAAGAGGAGUAUGUAAGGGAGGCCAUUGAGUGGUCAUUUAUUGAUUUCUAUGACAACCAGCCGUGUAUUGACCUGAUUGAGAGUAAGCUAGGAAUUCUGGAUCUUCUGGACGAGGAGUGCAAAAUGCCCAAGGGUUCGGAUGAGAAUUGGUGCCAGAAGCUGUACGAUAAACACCUGGGGAAGGCCAAACAUUUCGAGAAACCUCGAAUGUCACGGUCAGCAUUUAUCAUUAACCACUUCGCGGACAGAGUCGAGUAUCAGGCUGAUGGAUUCCUAGAGAAAAACCGAGACACAGUACUGGAGGAAAACAUCAAUAUACUGAGAGCCAGUGAGUUUGAGCUUGUGGCUGAGUUGUUUGAAGAGAAAGUUGAUCCCAAUGAGAAGAAAUCUCGAGCAGGCUCGGCAACAACUCACCCCCUUAGGCAGGCUCCAAAGGGAGGGCGGGGCUCAAACAAAAAGACAGUUGGAUCACAGUUCCGAGAGUCAUUACAUAAAUUGAUGGAAACAUUAAAUGCCACGACGCCACACUAUAUCAGAUGUAUCAAACCCAACGACACAAAGGAGGCCUUCAUAUUUGAACCAAAGCGAGCCGUGGAACAGCUGAGAGCCUGUGGUGUGUUAGAAACCAUAAGAAUCAGUGCUGCCGGAUAUCCAUCCAGAUGGAGCUAUCCGGAGUUUUUCCAGAGAUACAGAGUCCUGGCUGGCUCUAAAGACAUCAACAGGAGUGACCAGAGAAAGACGUGUGAAAAUAUCCUCACCAAAGUCAUACAGGAUCCAGACAAGUACAGAUUUGGAAAAACCAAGAUAUUUUUCCGCGCGGGUCAGGUGGCUUACCUGGAGAAGUUACGCUCCGAUAAACUGAAGGCGUGCGGAAUCAUGAUACAGAAACACGUCAAAGGCUGGUUGGCACGACGACGAUAUCAACGAAUCAUGAAGUCCAUCACCCUGUUACAGAAAUAUGGGCGGGGUCUGCUGGCCAGAAGACAUGCCAAAUUUCUACGGGAAACGUUUGCCGCCACUCGUAUUCAAAAGCACUGGAAGGGUUACAAAGCAAGGUCACAUUAUAUCAAAGUCAGGAAAUCUACCAUUAUUAUACAAUCAGCCAUUCGAGGAUUCUUUGGACGCAUUCUGUUUAAGAAGGAGCUACAUGAACAUCGCGCUAUCACGAUUCAGAAACUUGUACGAUCCUGGCUGGCCAGGAAGAGGUAUAAGAGAGUGAUGAGGGGGAUCGUGUUACUACAGAGUCACUACCGACGACGCCGAGCCAAGAAGGAGCUUAAACAACUCAAGAUUGAGGCUAAGUCUGUGGAACACAUUAAGAAUGUUAACAAAGGCCUGGAGAACAAGAUCAUACAGCUACAACAGAAACUGGAUGCCAAGAACAAGGAGGGUAUGACCAUAAAAGAACAAGAGGUCUACAUUAAACAACUGAAGACUGAGAUGGAGAAGCUGAGGUCCUCGAGUGAGGAGGCCAAGAAGUCCUCAAACAAGAUCACGGACCUGAUACAGCAAAUCAAGGACCUCCAGGAAGAACUCAGUAAAGAGAGGGAGGACAAGCAGGUCCUCAUCACAGAAAAAGAGGAGUUAGUGAAGGAACACACACAGGUGUUAAGUAAGAUGGCGGAGGAGAAAUGUAAACUGAAGGAAGAACUAGAGAAGGCCAGCCUUAAACUACAGCAACAGGAGACCAGUACGGAUGAUGUGCUAAAGAGGAAAUUAGAGGAAGCUACCCAACAACUCCAGGCUGAGUUUGAUUCCGAGCGUAGCCACCACCAGAGACUCGUUAAAGAGCACGCUCGACUCCAGCAGAGGUUCGAGAAUCUACAGUCUGAGAUGCAGAUGGUAACAUCACCACACGGCCACAAGCGGACUCCGUCUGACAUCAGCGCAAUAAGCCUGGAGUCCUACACCAGCUCUGCGUCCCCUGACGAAGUCAAGUACGAGGAGGAGGCACCGGAGGACAAGGAUCAAGGUUAUGGUACAAAAAAGAAAAAGAAGGCACCUGCUCCUCCUGUACCAACAGCGAGCGCCAUGGAGAAAGAAAUGAAGGAUGUUGAUGUUGGUUUGAUUCUGAGGCUACAGAACAAGAUGAAGGAAAUUGAGCAACAGAAAACAAAACUAGAGGAAAAACUGAGGCAGUAUGAAGAAGAGGGUCAUCCAAGGGCAGGCAACUCUGACGCUGUCAUCUCAAACUCAGCUUUUGAUGCUCUUAAGCAACAGCUUGUAAACGCGGACGACGUUCAGCUCGUGAUCAAGUUACAGAAACGUGUGGCUGAGCUUGAAAUGACAAAAUCCAAGCUCGCUGAUGAACUUGAUGAGAGGGACGAUGAGGACGAGGAAAAAUCAGGAUUUAAAAUCACCACCCCCGAGUUUGCUUAUAAUAACUUAAAGAGUAUGAAUGGACAUAUAGACAAGGAACCUCCACAUGAUAAUAAAGAGGAGAUGCAGGAACUUCAGAAUGAGAAUGAUAAACUGAAGAGAGAGGUGGCGAAGUUAAUGAAGUCCAUCUCCCAGAAUGUCAGCUUCGAGAAAGGAGGAACUAAUUCCCCCGCCGGCAAGGAGUUUAUGGAUGCUAAGAAAAUAGAGGAUCAAGUGAAAGUAUUUAGAGACCAGUUUACAGCGAUGGCUGAUGAGUUAGACAGACGUCGCGAGGAGUGUUUACAGUUACGGGCAAUGUUAGCAGAGAAGAGCAUCACAACACACGCCAUCGCAAAAGAGUCGUACGGAGGGAAUGAUGACCUAGUUAAUGAAGAUAAUGAGCUAGCGCUUGCUUACAGAACUCAGAAAGAACUCAACAGGUUACUGGAGAACCAGCUACAAAAAACAGAGAAGGACACGAAGAAGAAAGAGGAGAAACUGAAACGGGAGAUAAAGGAACUAAAACAGGAAAAUGAGGCAGCGCAGAAAAUCAUCAGCCAGAAUCUUCAGUUAGGUCCCGAGGCCAAGAUUGAAGCCACGAUGCAACAUGAGAUUACUCGACUCACAUCCGAAAACCUGGACUUGAGAGAGAAGGCUGACAAGCAGGCAGACCAGAUCCGUAAAAUGAAAAAAAUGCUGAAGGUGUAUGCCAAAAAACUCAAAGACGGGGACGUGGCAGAGAUUGAAGCCGAACUGGAGAAAGACGACAAACAGAAGAAGGCAGAGGACAAUGUGGCGACAGUUAAACACCUGGACAGGACGUAUAUGGGAAUGUUAGAGUAUAAAAAGGAGGAUGAGGGACGACUCGUCAAGUGUCUCAUCAUGGAUUUGAAGCCCAAGGUAGCUCAGGGUCUGUUACCGGGUCUGCCGGCGUACAUCCUGUUUAUGUGUGUACGACACACGGAUUAUAUCAACGACGACGAGAAAGUCCGCACUCUCCUGACAAACACAAUCAACGGCAUCAAAAAGUGUGUCAAGAAACACAACAAAGAGUUGGAGAGAGUGAUACUCUGGUUGGCGAACACGUGUCGACUUCUACACACCCUUAAACAGUACAGCGGCGAAAAGACAUUCCAGUCAGAGAAUACAACGAGACAGAACGAGCACUGUCUACGUAACUUUGAUCUAUCGGAGUAUAGGCAGGUGUUUAGUGACCUCGCCGUGUGGAUCUUCCAGACGAUGAUAAAAUACAUGGAGGAGGUCAUCCAGCCCAUGGUCGUGCCGGCGGUGCUGGAGCAUGAGGCUAUCGCGGGUCUGACGGCUAGUAAACCCUCAGGAAUGAGGGGGCGCAGCAGCAGUACCGCUCAGGACGAGGACGUACGAGAACUGUCUCUUGACACACUCAUGAAAUCUUUGAACAAAUACAACCAAGUUCUGUCUCAGCAUGCAGUGGAUCCUGAAUUAGUCAAACAGGUGUUCAGACAGUUGUAUUACUACAUCGGAUCCAAUGCCCUGAACAACCUUCUACUGAGAAAGGAUAUGUGUAACUGGUCCAAAGGCAUGCAGAUCAGGUAUAACCUGAGUCAUCUCGAGCAGUGGCUCCGAGAUAAUAAACUGAACGAGUCCGGUGCUCAGGCCACACUUGAGCCCAUCACUCAGGCAUCUCAGCUCCUACAAGCUCGCAAGUCUGAAGCAGAUGUAGACAGUAUAUGUGAGAUGUGCUCAAAACUUACCACAGCCCAGAUUGUUAAGAUCCUAAACCUGUACACACCUGUGGAUGAAUUUGAGGAGAGAGUUCCGAUCAGCUUCAUCCGUAAAAUCCAGGAGCGAUUAAAAUCGACGAAGAAGGGGGAGGACAACACCCUCCUUAUUGACACUAAGUAUUCGUUCCCCGUCACGUUUCCGUUCAAUCCGUCAAGCAUUACUCUGGACUCUAUAGAGAUCCCAGAGAGCUUACAUCUAGACUUCUUAUCACGUGUUUAAUGUCUACAAGUCAUAGGAUCUAUUUAUAUAUCUGGUCAGAUUUAUUACUAUUUAUGUUUCUGAUUGGUCAGAUUUAUUCUUAUCGAUGUUUUUGAUUGGUCGCUUAUUUACCCUGUACUGUGUGAUAGCCAAUAGUUUUUUUUUGUUAUAUAAUUUUGUGCUUUUUUAUUGGUCUGUUUAUAGAUUUUCACUUUCUGUGAUUUACCUAGUAUUCUUCUACAUAUCCUCUUUAAUAAAAGUCAAAGUCAAAGGCCGCUUUCUCAAUCUGAGUUCAAAAGGUCAUGACCCUUUUGUGAAUUAUUGUCACUGUAUACUAGGAUGAAAUAAUUUUGUGAUACUCUAAAUUUUUUCCCCAUUUUAUGUGCUUUUUUUUUAAUCUUAGCUGCUGAAAUACUAAGAACAUUAUAUCAAUGUGAAUCUGAUUUGAAACUUCAGAUCAGUAUAGGGUAUGCUAAGAUGUAUAUACACAAGAUAAUUUAUAAUAUAUCUUUAAACAAUAAUGAAGCAUAUCUUAACAGCACAAAGUCUUAACAAAGUUACACCACAGACAGAUAACUCUUACUUUUUGGUGCUUUUUCACUGUGUAAUUUUUUUUCAUUAAUGUUUUAGUCUUGUGUUGUUUGCAUUCUGUUCAAGGCAUUCAUGCAUUAUUGACCUAUUUAUACUAAUCAGGUUUAUACCGUUUUACUUUUGUGACAAAUUGUGAUAAAAUUUUCUUCUGUGAAACUUUUGUUUAUGAAUGACAUUGGAAUUGUUUGUGUCUAAGUUAGAUAACGCUGAUGAGGUCAUCCCUGUAUUAAACAAACAUCCUCAAUAAGUGUGGAAAUAUGCUUAAAUAAAUGCACACAUGACCAUGAUGACUAAACGUUAAACAAAACUGCUUCCUAAUCGGUCAAAGUUAGAUAACUCUCCAUAAAACAGAGAACAGAAUUGAUUUUUUUGUUUCAUGACCAAAGUUAUUUAAUCAAAUCUCACUUAAAAUUAAUUUUAAAUUAAAUUUAGAAGCACGUAUAUAUAUGCAUUUUCAGAACUAUAUAUGAAUUCAUAAUUUACUUACCUUGUAAAAACUAAAGGAUACUUGUCCCUUGUGGACUGUAGGGAACUGUCUCUCUCACUCAAUGACGUAUCAUUCAAAUUGAAAUCACGAUUCUUGUUUAGUGUUACAGGAUUAUCCCUCCGUACUACAUCAUUGUAUCAACCCUGUUAUAAUCUGUUCGAGUGUUUGUGUCUCUCCUAAGUCUGUGAUGUACUGUAGACCUAUAUAUCUGUCUAAUGUCUAUAUUGCAGCAUCGUUGACAUUUGUGUGGUAAUGUGUGUGUGUAAUUAUUUGUUUGUUUGGGAUCUUGUACAUGACUUUUUCUGAGACAGGCAUUCCUAUUAUUUAAUCUCCUAGCAUGUAAACUGGAGGACAGAUAUAUAUAUGUUUUUUACUAAACACGGUUGACUUUCCCACCGGAUAAUAUUGGGGCUCAACUCCAAAUCAAACAAUAACAAUAGCUGCAGAGACUUGUUAAUUAAUUGAACAAAGUAAUGUUUAACUGCACGUUUUCAUAAUCUCACACUGAAUUUUAGAAGGUAGAAUUAUGAUUUAAAUUUAGGUAGACUUAGCUGUAAAGAUUAAAAGUAAGUGUGUUUUGGGUUAUGGCAAGGCAAGUAACUCUUCACAGAGCUAAUAUACUACCAGAGUUAUCUAACUUGUAUCAGUUACACCAUUAAAUGUGUGUUAAAUAACUUUUACUAUCGGAUGUUAUAUAUAU